AGAGUAAUAAUUUACUCUACUUUAAGAUUGAAACUUGAAAGCUAAAGAAAGAGAAAAAAAAAGGAAAGGGGAAAGGGGUCUAUUAGUUUGUUUCUGGAUUAUUCGCUCAGCGCCGCGUGCUCUCGUCUUCGAUCUCCCUCCAGGAAACAAUGGAAGCGAUUAGGAAUCUGAAGAUAAAGACAUCAACUUGCAAAAGGAUCGUGAAGGAGCUUCACUCCUAUGAGAAAGAGGUUGAGAGGGAAGCUGCCAAGACCGCUGACAUGAAGGACAAAGGUGCUGACCCUUACGACCUCAAACAGCAGGAGAAUGUGUUGGGUGAGUCGAGGAUGAUGAUUCCUGAUUGCCACAAACGUCUCGAGUCUGCUUUAGCUGACCUCAAGUCCACUUUGGCGGGAUUGGAAGAGACGACAGGUCCAGAAGUUGAAGAUGCAAAGAAGACUGUCGCCGAUGUGGAGAAGCAGUUUCCCACUGAAGAUGCCUGAUUUUUAUCCAUCCUGUGAGUCUUGUUUGGUGUGUGUAUUCUGAGAAUGGUUAAUUGCUGAGUUUGACGAUUAUUAAUUGUAAGACUCUCGGUUUUCUUUCAGUGCUACAAGUGUUUUCGUUUGCUCUUGAUUCAUUCUGGUGACUUUU